AAAUCAGGUUCUUUUAGGAACCAUUUAUGCACAAUUAUGGCUCAUAUAGGCACGGUGAACGAUUCUGAAAGAGUGUCAUUUCAAAGAACUUUUAAAAGAUCUUCCAAGAACCUUCUGUUUUUAGCAGUUUACUCUGCGUGAUCUUUUCUGAUAUUUCCCGCUUGUUUAUGGAGCGUCUUAAUAUGUAAAUGUUCAUAAAGUACAUAAGAAAGACUUCGCAGAACUCUGGAGCUCCUUAGUAUCGUUCUUCAUCGUUUGCAUCUGAAACAUUUAUUCGCCGAAACGAUCCAAAGAACCCUCAAAAGGUUUUCCAACACGCCGGCUACUCUGUGUGUUUUAGAUCUCCGGGUGCAGGUUCGCUGAACAGUCUCACGCUCAGAAACCUUCACAGCACUUAUAUGAACCGUGAACAGUGAGGAACAGGUUCCUAAAUGAGCUUGAAUUUCAAAAGGUUUUCUGGUGGAACUCACCUGAUCGGUACGUCAGACCCGGUGGUAUAUUUUCAUGCACUAUUUAAUCUGGUAGGCAGGUAAACAUGUAGAGGUUCCUACUGAAAUUCGUGCACCACUGAAAUUCGUACACCACUUGCUAUAGCGAGGCUGCUCAGAGAACGAGUACAUGAUCCUGGAACCUUUUUCAUUUUAGUAGUGAAGCCUAUGAGCAGCUGAGAUGAUACAGAACAGGUUUUCAGAAGCGACUGAUUGAUAUUUAUCUGUGCAGAUUUUCCCCCUCAAGCGUCCUUCGUGCCCGUCAGUCGGUUUAUUUGGCCGUGUUUUUGGACCUGAGCUCUAGGCGUGGUGACAGGAGAAGCUCUCAGACAUGCACAGGCAUGCAGCCCACGAGAGGAUAAGGCACCAAAAAGAAAAAAAAAUCUUUACCUGUCUGGAAAAAUAUGAUUAUUUUGACAGAGCGAUUUGAACGGGAGCCCCGGGGAGCAGGUAUCUGGCCAAGCUGUCGUCUGUGGGGAGCAUCUCCGACGAGGAGACCUGUGAGAAGCUGCGAGGCCUCAUCCAGAGGCAGGUGCAGAUCUGCAAGCGCAAUGUAGAGGUGAUGGACGCCGUACGCCGGGGCGCUCAGCUGGCCAUCGACGAGUGCCAGUACCAGUUCCGUAACCGGCGGUGGAACUGUUCCACGCUGGACUCCAUGCCUGUCUUCGGCAAGGUUGUCACGCAAGGCACAAGGGAGGCUGCGUUUGUGUACGCUAUCUCCGCUGCAAGUGUUGCGUAUGCCGUGACCAGGGCGUGCAGCAGCGGGGAGCUCGAGAAAUGUGGCUGCGACCGCAACGUGCACGGCGUGAGCCCUCAGGGUUUCCAGUGGUCAGGGUGCUCUGACAACAUCGCCUACGGAGUUGCCUUCUCCCAGUCCUUCGUGGACGUCAGGGAAAGAAGCAAAGGGCAGUCGUCCAACCGAGCCCUAAUGAAUCUCCAUAAUAAUGAGGCAGGGAGGAAGGCGAUUCUGAACCACAUGCGAGUGGACUGCAAGUGCCACGGUGUUUCCGGCUCGUGCGAGGUGAAGACCUGCUGGAAAGCCAUGCCCCCCUUCCGCAAGGUCGGCAACGUCAUCAAGGAGAAGUUUGACGGUGCCACUGAAGUGGAGCAGCGUAAGGUGGGCACCACCCGAGCUCUGGUGCCGCGCAACUCACAGUUCAAGCCGCACACAGACGAGGACCUGGUCUACUUGGACCCAAGCCCCGACUUCUGCGAGCACGACCCGAGGACGCCGGGCAUGCUGGGAACGGUGGGCCGCUACUGCAACAAGACCUCGAAAGCCAUUGACGGCUGCGAGCUCAUGUGCUGCGGGCGCGGCUUCCAGACGCAAGAGGUGGAGGUGGUAGACAGGUGCAGCUGCAAAUUCCACUGGUGCUGCUACGUCAAGUGCAAACAGUGCCGCAAGAUGGUGGAGAUGCACACGUGUCGGUGAUGCUCUCCUGCAAACCCCUCCCCUUGCUUUCCCUCCACCGAACUUAACAGAAAUACUCCCUCUUUCCUUCUUUGACUCCAAAUAGAAUAAAAGAAAAGAAAAAAAGGGAAGACGGAGAUAUUCACAGAUUCAACCAGUUAUAAAAGAACAUGUCAUACAUGGGACACAAUUUUAGGGGCAAAUAGAGUUCUUUUUUAUUUCAAGUCCCACUUGAGAGUAUUUUUCUCUCCAUUUUUUUGUGGUUACUUUCUUAUUUUUGUAUGGUUUUCUAACUUAUUGGAAUCAGAGUGAUUAUGUUUUAUGGGUUUUUUUUCGUAAUGUGAUUAGCUCCAGUGGGAGUGGGUAUGGGGUGGUGGAGGAUGGACAAGUAAACGUUGGGGUGGCUGAAGAGAUGAGACACCCCCACCCCCCUCCCACUAUCGAUGCUGCUUUAGGAUCUUAUCUGGAGUCACGGACAUCAAAGGGAAUUUCUAACAGACUGAGAUGCAGUCCAGGUGUACAUCUAUAUUAUUUUUCCAAUCGUCAAAACAACAGCAUUUUAGAUAGGAGGUGGACAUUUUUAUGCUGCUUAAAAAAAAAAAAAUCAAUAUCACUCACGUAAAUGUACAGCAUUGGUCUUUUAUAUAAAUUUAUUAAGGAGUAUUAUGGAGUUUCUCAUCUUUCGUAGGGAAAAUAAAAGGAAGAGCAUCGUGUUAUUUCCGUGGAGUGUUACCAGGCGAACUCAGCAGGCAGGACUUAAAAAAACAUCCCUGCACAAGUAUAUUAAAAUCCAGUCGUUAAGCAGCAUCGAAAACAGCAUCGGUUAUCGGGACGGAUCUGUGACCGUGUUUCCAAAACCACGAUUAAACGAGUCGUUUGUUCAGACCACGGAUGCGCUGCACGGUGUCUCCAGCACUUUUCAUCUCAGAGCAUUCCCUCUUCCACUAAACGUCAAGCAGCGUGACUGAACUAUUUAUAUGACCAUGGACAAAAAUAAAUAAAUAAAUAAACUUACUUCCACAUUU